GCCAGUGAACAUUGAGCGGAGCAGACCAAAAUCCCAAACAAGGAAAUGGUGGGGGAAUAAAACGAUCAGAUUAUUUAAUUAAUGCAUGUAAUAAUUAAUAUUUUAUUUUAUUGUAAAUUAAGAAAUAUUUAUGGGUAACAAUGGAUUACGACUUCAAAACAAAGCUCGCGGCGGAAAGAGAGAAAGUAGAAGAUCUGUUUGAAUAUGAAGGUUGCAAAGUGGGUCGAGGCACCUACGGUCAUGUUUAUAAAGCUAAGCGCAAAGACGGGAAAGACGAGAAGGAGUAUGCACUGAAACAAAUAGAAGGUACCGGAAUAUCGAUGUCUGCGUGCAGGGAGAUCGCGCUGCUGCGAGAGCUGAAGCACCCCAACGUGAUAGCCCUGCAGAAAGUGUUCCUGUCCCACAGUGACAGAAAGGUGUGGCUCCUCUUCGACUACGCCGAACACGACCUCUGGCACAUCAUUAAGUUUCACCGUGCCUCGAAGGCCAACAAGAAGCCGAUGCAGCUGCCCCGGGGCAUGGUGAAGUCACUCCUCUAUCAGAUACUGGACGGUAUUCACUAUCUCCACGCCAACUGGGUUCUACACCGGGACCUGAAACCGGCCAACAUCCUGGUCAUGGGAGAAGGUCCUGAACGGGGACGAGUCAAGAUCGCGGACAUGGGAUUCGCCAGGCUCUUUAACUCGCCCCUCAAGCCGCUUGCAGACCUGGACCCCGUGGUGGUGACAUUCUGGUAUCGCGCCCCCGAACUGCUGCUAGGAGCAAGACACUAUACCAAAGCUAUAGACAUCUGGGCGAUCGGCUGCAUCUUCGCCGAGUUGCUGACGUCGGAGCCCAUCUUCCACUGCCGCCAGGAGGACAUCAAGACCAGCAACCCCUUCCACCAUGACCAGCUGGACCGGAUUUUCAGCGUUAUGGGCUUCCCGGCAGACAAGGACUGGGAGGACAUCCGAAAGAUGCCGGAGUAUCCCACGCUGCAGAAGGACUUCAGGAGAACAACGUAUGCAAAUAGUAGCCUCAUCAAGUACAUGGAGAAACACAAAGUGAAACCCGACAGCAAAGUUUUUUUGUUGCUGCAGAAGCUCCUCACGAUGGAUCCCACCAAAAGGAUCACCUCAGAGCAGGCUCUACAGGAUCCCUAUUUCCUGGAGGAUCCUCUCCCCACAUCUGACGUCUUCGCUGGCUGUCAGAUCCCCUACCCCAAACGGGAAUUCCUGAAUGAAGACGAACCGGAAGAGAAAACUGAGAAGAACCAGACUCAGCAGCAACACCAGCAGACGCAGGCGCAGACACAGACGCAGACGCAACAGGCCGCCGCGCAGCAGGCUCCCUCACAGCAGAGCUCUGCUCAGACCAAUGGCACGGCGACAGGGACCGGGGCCACUGUGGCGACAGGACUGCAGCACGGCCAGGACCAGGCCCCGCCCAACAAGAAGCCACGCAUGGGGCCCUCGGGCGCCCCCUCGGGCACUGGGGUCAUGCAGUCCGAGUACCAGCACUCCAGUUCCCGUCUUGGUUACCAAGGCAACGUCCAAGGCUCUUCUCAGUCCCAAAGCACCAUGGCAUAUUCCUCCACUUCCCAGCAGAGUUCCCAGUAUUCCCACCAGUCACACCGCUACUGACGUUUGGCUUUUCCUUAACCCCAUAGCCUUGCCCUCACUCAUACUGGAGAACCUUCACUCCCAAACACUCUUCCCCCGAUCAUUCUCCUGCAAGCCAUACCCCUCAGACCAAUAGACAUCCCCCAGUAUGACCCCACCAGGGAUCUGAUCCCCUCACACUCCCUUGUAGGCCACGCCAUUUGCCCCUGUUCCCGUUUCCCCUCAGGCUCCCACCCCAAAGCCACCCUUCUGCCCUGUACCUAACCCUAACCCUAACCCCGCCCAUAUUCGUCUAGCCCCCGCCCUGACUCAGGGCUUCUGCAAUAUGAAGGCAAAUUCAACACAGGAACCAAAAAAAAAAAAAACAACAACAAGCCCUCUUUCACCCUUAGAUGAAGAGGGAAAUGCAAGGACAAGAGAAGAGAGAAGCCAGGCAGAGCCUCUGACGGACCCUGCGAGCAGAAACGCGCGUGGUGUCGUCCUAGAAGCCAGGCGGUUGUAUGGGGGGGAGGCGGCACCUCUGUCCGUUUAUAUACCGCACCUUUUCUAUUCGUUCGACAACAGACUUGUUUCGUUCGCUCUGCUGAGUUUUUAAGUUUAAUUUGUUAUCUCUGUAAAUAUUUUUUGGUAUCAAACAGAUGGGAUGAAGCGCAGGAAACAAGCCCUUUACACACAAUGGUAUCUCACGCUGCACGAUUCCCUUUACGUUUUUUUUUUUUUUUAAUAUCAAUGAGAAAAUAAAGGAAAAAAAUCAUCCCGGUGCUUUCUGGGUUUGAGGAAGAAAGAAGGAAAAAAAACAAGCUUCUCGGAAUUAUCCCAGCUAUGUAUCUGUCGUCCUGAAGUCCCUUUUGUACAGAUGGAACAUUGACUCUACAGGUGGCUCCAUUGCGGGGGAUGUAAGCUCUGCUUUAUCACCAUACUUUGUUAGUGAAGUGGAUUCACAUUGAGUUCUGUCUUUCUGUACCUCUCAAGCGCCAUUCCUCACCAAGAGCCCCCCCCCAGCCAGAGACCAUCAGUUGUACUUAACAUUUGACAAAAAUGGUUCUUUAGUUUGUGUGUUGGGGUGAGUGUGCGAGAAGCAAGAAAAAUGGCAUCUAAUUAUCCAGUAUGAAUGUAAACGUCCCAUGGCAUCAACCAUGCGAAUGCGGUCGUGCCCAGUUGCUAGAGAUGGGCAUCUGCGCAGACGACCGUGCCAGCAGGGGUCAAAGGUCAGGCCAAAAGCAUGUCGCUUGUCAGAGCAGCUAAAGGUUAUCGGCCCAACACCUCGGGGCUUCACCGUUUAUUCAUGUGAUUUUUUUGUUGUUGUUGCGGCUGUUGUUGUUAUUGUUCUAAAUGAACUCUGAGGGAUUGCACUGGCAGCUUGAUCUCCACUGGACCCAGGAACAACAAGGCGUGAAGAGCCCAGCUUCUCCUCUGCACUUCCUCUCCCUCAAUGAGCACUGACGUUAUUCUCCUUCUUGGAGCACAGCGGAGAGAUUGGAAAAGAACGAUGCUGGCUGGGGAAGGAGGUCACCGCUAAAGAUCUCCUCUCUCUCUCUCUCUCUCUCUCUAUCUCUAUCUGUCUAUCCCUCUCUCUUGCUCUCUCUAUCCCUCUCACAUGCUCUCGUUGGUGGUAACGCUCAGUAUGAUGUAUAAUUAGUGUGGCACCAUUCUCUAGCUUUUCUUAUCAGUGCUCAGACUCUGUGUCAGUAGUGAUUUUAAUUUUGAUGACGCCAUCUUUAAAGCUCUUUUAACUGCCUUCGCUCUGUGAUCAGCCAGUGUAGUCAGCUUGCCUGUAAUAGGAAUCAGCACGCUCUUCUUGGAGCCAGUAACGCCCCCCCGGUGCUCGCCUGUCGUGAAGAAAGGCCGUUUAUCUUGGCUUUGAUGGGUAUGAUGGCAGCCGGCUGAUCCAUCCACCUUCCACAAUUGAGAGAGCGCCUUUAACAGGAACGCCAUCAUGGGAGAAUCUCACCCAUCAGUCAUCGUUCAGCGAUAAUGACGAUACAACAUACGAACAUCCUCAGUGGCUGUUCUGGCAUUUUCCGCUGACGACAAAAGCUUGCUUUGUUUUGUUUUUAUAAUUUUAUUGUCAUUUCUACUGUCUCCCUUGGCCUGUUCCAGGAGUGCGACACUGAUGUUCUUGGGGUUCAUCGGAAACUAGCAAUAUAGCGCUCAGAGUUUUCCACGUCUGCACUGGGGACGUCAGGGUGGAUGCCGGGACACUGGGCGACCGAUUUGGCGUGACCACGGUCCUGACUGUUUUCUAAACGUCCUUUGUAUGAAGAUUUGUUACUGUCGUUAUUAUUAUUAUUGUUGUUUUGUUUUUUAAUUGUUUUUUAAGUUACCGUCGUACCUUUUUAUUACCCCAUGGUCAGACGCAACGGGCCAGGUGAUACAGCCUUCCAAAACCGUGGUGUAUUCUGGGAAAUCAAACCAGCAGCUUUUCAGAAGUUCUUUGGCAGACUUCUUUUCUAUGCUUAAAUUAUGGUUAACGAGCGUAACGGCUCCACAUCCUAUUGCUCUGAAGUAAACUACUUAAGCGAGGUUUUAAAGUAUUACACUGUAUGCAGCCCGCGCUGGUUGCGGUGGGGCAAUAACAGGCAUACAGUUCCUAUGCAAAACAAACGGGAAAAAAAAGCUUUUACUUGCGUAUUGCCUCGGUUUUAUUAAGGGGCACGGAUCUCACAGGUUUCUUAUGGUUGAAACUUUAUUGGUUUUUAAAUGAUUUGGAUAUCGAUUUCUUAUUGUGAUUCUUACAACUAAAUGUUGAAUCAUGGGAUUUGGCGUACAGCUUCGCAUAAUCUCCUCUUUCUCAUUCAUUACUGCAUUAUGAGAAUUAUAUUCUAAAUGAUAUAUUGUAAAAGAGAGCAUGUAUAUAGACAGUAUACCAUCAUAUUUAUUAUUUCCAUAUAUAUAUAGAAAACAUAGAUAUGUUUCGAGGUGUUUCUUGAGCACUUAAGAGACUUUGACCUGGAGUGGAUCUGUGUCUUACAGAACCCAAGUACUUAUUUGAUCAUGGGACUACAGUAAAUUUGCCUGUCGAUGCCAUAGCGUAUAAUAGGAGAAGAUAAUUUACACUGUAAAAAGAUACCUAAUAAGAUUUCAUUAGUGUAAUGCUUAGUAUGUCAUUGCCAUUUUAUUCUGUAAUGAUACUAAUGGAGUUCGCUUGAAUAUUUUCUUGGAUCUCCAUUCGGUGUCGUCUACCAGCUGCUGCCUAUUUUAUUUUAUUUUUUUAUAUAAUGCAUUUUUCAAAAACACAGACAGAUGUGACUUUUACUAAAGCUUUGGACUCGAACCGUACAUUUCACCGUGUGGACAGUGCCUUUUAAUCCUGAGUUUUGACCUCAUGGUUCCCGUCUCGUACAAUAUCCGGGACGUGUUUUACGUUGGCCUUUUUGUGUCGUGUGUGCGUGUGUUUUUUUUUUAUCAUUAUUUUUGUAUGUUUUUCAUAACUGAUUUGCAUCUCUUCGUCAUUUGAUUAUUUACCAUAGGCAGCAAGCAGCUAAAUAUCACCGUCAAUGUUAGGAAAUUGUAAGAAAAACCAACAGCAUAGUGGAUGAAAUAUUAACUUUGUUUCUAUGCGUCAAUAUUGUUUUUCAUUAAAGUACAUUUGAGAUGAUUCAUUGUAAUGCAUUGCUAUGAUAAUUGUUCUUACUGCACUGUUCUUGCUGAAAUAUUUAGUAGGAAAUUAAUACUAUUUAAUUUUUUAUAUAAUGUCUUGUUUAGACACUAAACAUAUGGCAGUUGUAAGACAAUAGGAUCAGAAAAGGAGUCUUAUGUAUGUAUAAACACAUAACGAUUUGAUCUGAUAUAGAUCCAUGUCAUAGUGAACUCCUAAGUCUGCACCUCUUCACAAUCUCCCUUUUAUGUUUCUUGCAUGUGCUCGUCCUUUCUGGUCCAGAACUUUUUAGGCACUUACUCCAGUCUUUGAAAGUGGGUACGGACACCGACUAGAGGACAGGGACAGAUAUUUGACCUGCAGAGAUCUCCCGCGGCUGGACACACUCUCAAAGCCAGCAGAGUCCCUUCCGCAGGCUCGCUCUACGGCAGGGGUGACAUUUUCCAUGCAUUCUGCAUGACUGUAUGCAGGUGAUUCCUGCAGCCAAGUUGCUUUUAGAGAUUCUUGUUGAUUUGCCCCGGUGUCCAGACCGCAAGAACAUGGCUCUCAAUUGAAGGAAGCCAGCAGAACAUCAGUGUGUUGGCAUAUUUGGAUCAUCAACUGUCAAUUGGAAUAAACUGUAAUUAAACUUCAAACCAGUGUGUAUGAUGUGGGGUAUUGAACAAACAAUCAAAUGAAUGACCAAACAAAUCCCAAGCUGUUUUCUGACCUUGUGGUUAAUGCCCCUUGAAAUUGUUCUCUUCUGCAAUGAUUUGUGUGAAGUCUCGUGACAUAACCGGCGUUUAAUCCACUCCCACAUUCCACACUACCUGGACAUCCGCUGGCGUCUUUGAGGGGGAGAAAAUCUCUGCAGGCGAAAGCGUCUCUCUGCUCCCGUGGUCUCCGCAUCACCACGUGUGCGUGCGUGUAAACUCGUGUGUGGGAUACGCAACAGAUCAGAAAAACAAAACUGUGUCCAUAGCAAUAACACAGUGCAGAGGGAAAGGAUCAUUUAUACUUUACUGCUGCUUUUAGCGAUGUUGUCCUGAUUUCACUGUACAAAUGACUGUUAAAUGAGGAAAAAGUCAUGUAUAUUUAUUUUAUAUCCUCUAUUGUAAUAAAAUCUCUUUUGCUUCAGGUGGAAAA